AUGACACAUUUCUUGACGGCCAGGGCUGUUCGCUGUUUGGAAAUGCAACCAAACACUGUAUCUCCAGAGUACGAAGUUGAUAGAAACCCACUUCCGAUGUGGUUGCGCUGGAUUCGAACAUCCCCUGAGCUAUUGAUUGGUGCUGAGCAAAAGCUGUUAAAUAGACUAAGAAGCACACUUCAAACUUCUUUCGUACCAAUUUUUGGGAACACCUGUUUCAUACGCACCUUGGUUGCCCAGAAUUUUCCCGAUGGACCGCCGCAAGGUGGACGAGCGCGUGUGCCCAUGGUUCUUAUGCACGGAUUUGCUUCCGGCUUAGGUUUGUGGUGUAAAAAUAUAGACUCCCUGGCUGCCCAUCGCCCUGUUUAUGCGUUUGAUCUUUUGGGAUUUGGUCGUAGUUCACGACCGGCCUUCUCAGAUGAUGCUGCUGAAGCUGAGGCUCAAUUUAUUAACUCGUUUGAAGAAUGGAGAAGUUCUAUGGACUUGGAAAAGUUCAUUCUAGUUGGCCAUAGUCUGGGUGGUUACCUGUCGUACUCGUACGCCAUCGCACAUCCCAAUCGCAUAGCACAUUUGAUUCUGGUAGACCCUUGGGGUUUUAAAGAAGCACCUUUUGACGAAGAUGCUGUGAUGCAGAACAAGAAGCGAGCUUGGGUUUUUCGAUCAGUACGGAACAUGCUACAAUCCAGCAAUCCAUUAUCCAUAUUGCGUGCAAUCGGGCCACUUGGCAGAAAGGCUAUCAAUUAUGUUCGACAAGAUCUCAUCCGCGUCUUCGAUCAACACCCUUUGGUAUCAGGUGAAUUUAUUGAAGUUCCCACUGAGGAGGAAGAAGAAGCUGCCCGCCAGGGAUUUGCCUCGUCUGCUGAUGUCGCCGCCGACUCCGAAAUCACAGUAACCGGGGCGGCCGAUCAACCGGCCGCAACCAGAAUGCCGGAUUCGAGAUUCGGGGAUUUGGAUAAGUCCGUCGACCCCCGGGAUUUUGAUGGAACAGCCGCGCUGGAUUAUGUUUAUCACAUUAACGUGCAACGUCCCAGCGGUGAAGUUGGCUUCAGGGCGCUUUGUCAUCAUCUUGGAUGGGCCAAACGACCUAUGCUCAAGCGGGUCACUGAAUUGGAUCGCCUAGUACCAAUCACGUUUAUCUACGGUUCACGGUCUUGGAUGGAUAUGUCUUCCGGAACGACCACGCGAAUUCUGCGUCCAGAUUCGUAUGUUGACGUAAAGAUCAUCGAGGGUGCAGGCCAUCAAGUCUAUGCUCAGGCUGCCAGUGAGUUCAAUGCUUAUGUCAAUUUGGUUGCGCAUCGCGUCGAUGUAGGUGACCCGUUCAUUCCUUUUGAUCCAAUGAUUCCGAACCCGGAUACACAAGAACCUUGGGUGCACAGACGCCCUGCGAGCACCACUAGCAUACCAAGGCAGCGGAAAUCAAGUUCCAGGUUGCAAAACUUUUUCUUUCCUCAUGGUCCCAAUGAACCUCCAUCAGUGUCCCCGGAAGCUCCCGUGGGCAAUCCAAAUGGGCCAACAACAAGCGAUGAGUCCUCUCGUUGAUGAUCGUCUUUCCCCGGUGUGCGACAAGCACAGCGACAGUCAUUUUAACUCAAACUCUGUUUACGUUUCAUUUUAUAUUACAUUCGAAUCUUUAUUCACUUUGUAUUUUGGAUUUGACAAGCUGAUUAUUUUAUUCAUAGUUUCGUUCCUUAGAAUGCUUUGACUAUCGCUCAAAGCGCAGUUGUAUUUUCUCCCAAGCAACCAAUAAACAUUACUUU